AUGACCCAGGAGCAGUACAUCCUUGCAGCGCAGCCCAACCCGCUCCACCAGCGAGGGGCCUCGGUGUGCGGCGCCCAGGUUUACCCGGCAGUGGGAAUCUACGGCUGGAGGAAGAGAUGCUUGUACUUCUUCAUCCUCCUCCUCCUCGUCACCAUGAUCGUCAACCUGGCGCUCACCAUCUGGAUCCUCAAAGUCAUGAACUUCACUCCGGAUGGUAUGGGGAAUCUGCGGGUGACCAAGGAAGGAGUCAGACUGGAAGGAGUGUCGGAAUUCUUACUGCCUUUAUACGUCAAAGAGAUCCAGUCUCGUAGGGACAGUCCAUUGAUCCUCCAGUCGGACAGAAAUGUGACCGUCAAUGCUAGGAACGAUCAGGGACAACUGACCGGUCAGCUAACCGUCGGUUCAGAAACGGUGGAGGCUCAGUGUCAGAGGUUUGAGGUGAGGAGCGCCGAUGGAGAGAGAGUUCUGUUCUCUGCAGACGAAGAGGAGAUCAGCAUCGGUACCGAGAAACUCAAAGUCACAGGGAAUGAAGGGGUUGUGUUCAGCCAUUCUGUAGAGACUUCACAUGUAAGGGCAGAACCCUUCCAGGACCUAAAGCUGGAGUCUCCGACUCGGACCCUGACCCUGGAGGCCCCCAGAGGGGUGGAGGUCAACGCUGGAGUGGGUGACUUCACAGCAUCCUGUAGGAAAGACCUUCUCUUGCAGUCCUCAGAGGGAGAGAUCUUUCUAGACGCCAACACGAUCAGGCUGGGCAACAUUCCCCUUGGUAGUGCCGUGGAUCCCCUGGAGGGGGCGCCUGCAGGUACCACCUACACCAAACAGACUGUAUACGAGCUGUGCGCCUGCGCCAACGGCAAGCUCUACCUUUCCCCGGCCGAGAAAGGCACCACCUGCCAAACAACCAGUAACUUUUGUCUCUGGAGCUGA